CUCCGGCUCAUCUUUUUUUAACUACGACAACGCCAAACGACGCCAUAUAGGCAUACGCAACCGGAAAAUCUGCAUCGUAAUAUUCUUGAAAAAAUGACGGUUGAUGUAUCUGACGACGGUGCCAGACGCACUGCCCAUGUCCAAAGCGUCCUGGACUCGUUGAAAGAACGCAGCUUCAUCUACGGCACAAUUCUCUCUACAGUUCAACUCACCUCCGUCACAAAAGGCACAGCCAUCACACGCCUUACUCUGGACGAGAAGCAUGUUAACAGCAAGGGCGGCCUGCACGGAGCUGUCUCGGCCACUAUUGUAGAUUUCACCACCGGCCUGGCCAUUGCAUCCUGGGACUUGCGAGAAACGACAGGCGCAAGCGUGGACAUGCAUCUGACAUAUGUCGGCACAGCUGGAAAGGGCGACUUGGUUGAAAUCACAUCCGUGGCGGAAAAGGUUGGCGGAAACAUGGCAUUUGUUACGGUGAAGAUUGAAAAGUUGGUUUCGGAGACCGAGAGAAAACCGGUGACUUUGGCGCAACACACCAAGUUUGUCAGAGGAACAGCACCUGCAGCAACUACGAGCUGAAAUUUAUCUUAUGACAACAUCAAACAAACGAGAUGGAACGGAUGCGGCGACGAUAUGAUUCACUAGAUAUGAUAUGCGUGGAAGCAUUGAAGGAAGCAUAGUGGAAUGAACACGGCAAUAGAGCAACGAUACACCACAUUACAUAUCUUAAUUAUAGAAACAAUCCAGAACUGU